AUGCCGCCCGUCAAGGUGACCCAUGGACUGAUUCAAGGAGCUGUUCACAUUCCUAGGCCCUUCGGCGAGCCAAACGGGUCGGGCCGGCCAGGAUCCGCCGGUCGCAGUGUCCGGAUGCCUGGUGGAGCUCCCAAAGCCGGGGACGAGGAGUUGCAGGGCCCUGGGCGCAGCAGCGGCUACGCCGGCAGUUUCAGCGGUGGCUACCGGGGAGGUUACGGCGGCGCGGAAGCGAGUCGCCGACCGUCCUUGGCCUCCUACACCGGGAGGGAGGAUCGCAUGCGCCGAAACAGCAGCCACGAUGUCGGGAGUAUCAUGGUGCCGAAGUCGGUGAAUAGCAUCCGGAACCAGGUCCUCACCACCAGGGCCUCAGAGGCCGUAGCAACGGACAGCGCAGCCAUCGCGCGCGCUCGUGGGAGAAGACCCUCAGUCGUCGAGGCAACCUUCAGCACAAGCUCCUCUCCGUCAACGUCCGCCUCAACACCAGAGGCGACCGGCGAGAGGUGCUUGGAGUGA